GAGAGAGAGAGAGAGAGAGAGAGAGAGAGAGAGAGAGAGAGAGAAGACAGAAACGCCACCGAGCCUCCAACUGAGGAGUGGGAACUACAGAUUGGCCUCCCGGCGCACUCAUUAGGCUGCAUCUGACUGCAUCGUUCUACGCAGAUAUCCACAACCUUUCUUUCUCAUAUUUUCACGUUGUUGAAGGUGUAUGCUUCGACGUAGUGGCGGCGCACUUGUACGACACAGGAUAUAACAGUGAUAUUGAAAGACUCAAGAUGACCACUUCAUGGAGUGACAGACUUCAGAAUUAUGCAGACCUGCCAGCCAACAUGGACAGAAUGACAAUGAAAAAAUACAGACGAGAGCCAUACCACAGAGUGUUUGUCAACAGAAGCUUGGCAAUGGAGAAGAUUAAGUGCUUUGGCUUUGAUAUGGAUUACACUUUAGCAGUGUAUAAGUCCCCAGAAUAUGAGUCGCUUGGAUUUGAGCUUACAGUGGAGCGGCUGGUUUCCAUCGGUUACCCACAGGAGUUGUUCAGCUUUGUCUACGAUCCGUCCUUUCCUACCAGGGGCCUUGUCUUCGACACGAUGUACGGAAACCUAUUGAAGGUCGACGCCUACGGUAAUAUUCUGGUCUGCGUCCAUGGAUUCAACUUCCUCAGAGGUCCUGAGAUCCGUGAGUGCUACCCAAACAAGUUCAUCCAAAGAGAUGAUACGGAACGCUUUUAUAUUCUCAACACACUCUUUAACCUGCCAGAGACUUACCUCUUUGCAUGCCUAGUGGAUUUCUUCUCCAACUGUGAUAGGUACACGAGCUGCGAAACAGGAUUUAAAGACGGCGACCUCUUCAUGUCUUACAAGAGCAUGUUCCAGGACGUUCGCGAUGCUGUAGACUGGGUUCACUUCAAGGGUACAUUGAAGGAAAAAACCGUGGAGAACCUUGAGAAGUAUGUCGUGAAAGAUGGAAAGUUGCCUCUUCUCCUCAGCCGGAUGAAUGAAGUUGCCAAGGUGUUUUUGGCUACCAACAGCGACUACAAAUACACUGAUAAAAUCAUGACUUACUUGUUUGACUUCCCCCACGGUCCUAAGCCUGCUACUUCACACCGACCGUGGCAGUCUUACUUUGACCUCAUCCUGGUGGAUGCCAGAAAGCCACUGUUCUUCGGUGAAGGAACAGUGCUCCGACAAGUGGAUACGACAACAGGACGACUGAAGAUUGGCACAUACACAGGACCCUUGCAGCAUGGUAUUGUUUACUCUGGAGGCUCCUCAGACAUCGUGUGUGACCUGCUUGGGACCAAAGGCAAAGACAUUGUGUACAUCGGGGACCAUAUCUUUGGAGACAUACUCAAGUCCAAGAAACGCCAAGGCUGGAGGACUUUCCUGGUCAUACCUGAGCUUGCCCAGGAGCUGCACGUGUGGACCGACAAGAGUUCUUUGUUUGAGGAACUGCAAGGUCUGGACAUUUUCUUGGCAGAACUCUACAAACAUUUGGACAGCAGCAGCAACGAGAGGCCCGAUAUCAGCACUAUCCAGAGAAGAGUCAAGAAAGUCACACAUGACAUGGACAUGUGCUACGGCAUGAUGGGUAGCCUUUUCCGCAGCGGCUCCAGGCAGACUCUGUUCGCCUCCCAAGUGAUGCGCUACGCAGAUCUCUACGCAGCUUCCUUCAUCAACCUGCUCUACUAUCCAUUCAGCUACCUCUUCAGAGCCGCACACGUCCUUAUGCCCCACGAAUCGACGGUGGAGCACGCGCACGUGGACAUCGACGUCGAGUCGCCGCUGGCAACGCGCAACCGCAACCACUGCAGUGACUGCAAAGAACUGGAGUGCAAACGCAACCAGCUGACCCGCUCCUUCAGCGAGAUCAAGCCUCCCAACCUAUUCCCUCAAACCCCGCAGGAGAUCACCCACUGCCACGAUGAGGACGAUGACGAGGAGGAGGAGGAGGAGGAAGAAGAGGAAGAGGAAGAGGAGGAAUGAAAUUUUAGCAUUUUGAGGUUUUCUGUUUUGAGGCAAGGUGGGAAAUACUUCACCAUGUAUGUGUGUGUGUGCGUGUGUGUGUGUGUGUGUGUGUGCGUGUGCGUGUGUGUGUCAGUCCGUGACAUUUUAAAGUGUGACAGACCAGCAGACAAACAGAUCACACGACCGUCACACAGCUGCAUGCAUGACACCUUCUUAAAAAAAAAAAAGAAGGCAUUUUUAUUUUCAUUUUUUUAUUUUUCGUUACAAAUCAAUUUGAUUCAAAUUUACCAUUGUCGUCACUUGACUGAAGACACUAAUCCACUGAGGUAAAUCGUGACUUUUUUAGGCCUUAAUGCCUCGGAUAAGCUGGCUUCAUGCGUGACACACACACGUGUGUCAGCAUCCUGUGUGAAGAGGGUCUUCAAUCGAAUUGAUCACAAUUGAUUUUUUUUGGUUUGUUGAAGCAAAAUGGGAACAAUGUGUGGGUUUUUUUUGUUUGAUUUCCAUGACAUUUAUGAUGUCUUGUUUCUGCCUGCCAUAAAAUGCAUUAUGGGUGAAACUAACAUGAAGAAUUGCUCAAAGACGUCGCAGUGUUCAGGUGGCCGUUGACUCGUUAUAUGGUUACCAAGCAACA